UGUUAUUUAAUUAAAACUUUUUUUUUGUGAACAAUAAAAUAAAAUAUAUAUAACAAUGAAACUAUUAUUAUCAUCAUCACUAUUAAUAUUAUUAUUAUUAAUAAAACUAAUUAAUUGUUUAGGACUGUCUACUAAUAAUACGACUGUCCCAUCUAGAGACCGAAAUGAUAAACCCUAUCGUGUUGUAUGCUAUUGGGGCUCAUGGGCCUGGUAUAGGCCUAAAGGUGGCCAGUCAUCGCCUGAGACAACUAACCCGCUGUUAUGUACGCACAUGAUCUACGGUUUUGCCAAAUUGGGCGACACAUCCAACAAGAUUGAAGUCUACGAUCCGGACCUUGAUUUAGGCGAUACCGAUUGGGAAUCGGGUCUUCCCUGGGGAGAGGGUAUGUAUAGGCGCUACAUUGAUCUGCGCCGGUAUGUCAAUCCCCAUCUAACGGUACUCGUAUCGAUUGGCGGCUGGAACGAGGGCUCUACAAAAUACUCGCGUAUGGUUAGCUCACCCCCGAAGCGCCGGGUGUUUGUCGAAUCGAUCGUCAAGUUUCUCGUCGAUAACGAUUUCGAUGGCUUGGAUAUGGACUGGGAGUACCCGGGUUUCAAAGCAGGUACCGGUGGCGAUGAUCGUACGCCUGGCGAUCCCGAAGACAAUCCGAAUUUUAUUCAACUACUUCGCGAGCUUCGGGAGGCAUUCAAACCGUACGGUUUCCUAUUGACGGCUGCCGUAUCGGCUGGUAGGCCAACAAUUGAUGUCAGCUACAAUGUACCUGAGCUGAGUCAAUUGGUUGACUUUAUCAAUGUUAUGACCUAUGAUUUUCAUGGUGGCGGUUGGGAUAAUGUUACCGGACAUAACGCUCCACUGUAUGCCAGUGCCGGUGCAACUGAACAUGAAAAACAAUUUACUGUUUCCUAUGCUAUCGACUAUUGGCUUAAAUUGGGUGCCGAUCCUAAAAAAUUGGUAAUGGGUAUGGGUACCUAUGGCCGUACGUUUACACUGGCCAAUCCGGCCAAUCACGGUCUGGGAGCACCGGCAGUCGGUAAAGGAGGCAAACCGGGUAAGUAUACCGAGGAAGAGGGAAUGUUAGGCUAUAAUGAGAUAUGCGAAUCAUUUCAGACAAAUCCAGAUAAAUGGCAUAUAUUCAGGGAUGACAUCCAGAAAAUAGUCUACGCUGUCAAUGCAAAUCAAUGGGUCGGCUACGAUGAUGACCAGUCACUAGGCGAAAAGCUACAGUUCCUUAAACAGCGCAAACUAAGCGGUGCUAUGGUCUGGUCGAUAGAUACCGACGACUAUUUAGGCCAUUGUUCUGCAGUGGGCAGUGGUAGCGGUAGUAAUGGUCUGAAACAUCCGCUGAUGAAGACAAUCAGUGGCCAAUUGAAUGGUAUUACAGGUCCCGAUCCUGUCAUACAUGAGCAUCACUAUAGACCGCCACAUACGACAACAACUGUCCCCAAAAUGAGGUGGCUACUUUUAGCUAAUUCAAUUAGUGCAUUAUUAGUGCUAAUAUUUGGCGCACCUAGUCAAAUUAAAACUAAUGAUGAUGACAAUGGCUAUAAAAUUGUUUGCUAUUAUGGUGCAUGGUCAGGUUGGCAUAAAGAUAAGGGCGAGUUUACGCCCGAAAAAGCCAACCCUAAUCUAUGUACACAUUUGAUGUACGGUUUCGCUGCAUUGGACGACGCUAGCAGUAAAAUCAAACUGUUUGAUCCCAAUUUGGAUACCGGCGACACUGACUGGCACUGUGGCCAAUGGGGAAAAGGUUUCUAUCGGCGCACAGUUGACUUACGCAAGUAUACCAACCCUAAGCUAAAGGUUAUCAUAUCGAUUGGCGGCUGGAAUGAAGGUUCAACUAAAUACUCAACAAUGGUUAGUUCGCCCGACAGGCGCCGGGCGUUUGUACAGUCAGUGCUCGAUCAUCUUAAACUAUACGGUUUUGAUGGUCUCGAUCUGGACUGGGAGUACCCGGGUUUCAAUGCCAAAACCCAGGAUCCCGGUGACGACCGAACACCUGGCAAUCCUAAAGACAAACAAAACUAUAUUGCCUUACUAUCUGAACUGAGACAGGCCUUCCAGCCGCACGGCUAUCUACUAUCGGCUGCCGUAUCGGCUGGUAAGCCAACAAUAGACAUAUCAUAUGAUGUCAAACCAAUGAUGCAAUACCUGGACUUUGUCAGCGUUAUGACCUAUGAUUUUCAUGGCGGCUCAUUUGAUAAUGUUACUGGACAUAACGCACCGUUAUAUCCGGCCACUGGCGAUGAUGAACAUCAUAAACAGUUUACAGUUUCCUAUGCUAUCGACUAUUGGCUUAAACUGGGAGCCGAUCCCAACAAACUGAUUAUGGGAAUGCCUACCUAUGGACGAUCAUUUACGUUGGCCGACCCCAACAAAAGCGGUUUCAAUGCACCGACAGUGGGAAAGGGUGGUAAAGCCGGACCGUAUACAGGACUGGCCGGUACUUUAGGCUAUUUUGAGAUCUGUAUGGAUCGUAACUGGAAAGUCCAUAGAGACGACGUCCAGAAAGUUGUCUACGCUGUCAACGGUGACCAAUGGGUCGGCUACGAUGAUAUCCAGUCGUUCAAAGAUAAGCUACAGUUCCUUAAGCAGCGAAAACUAGGCGGCGCUAUGUUCUGGUCGAUAGAUACCGACGAUUUUGGCGGCUAUUGCGGCGGCGAAAAAUUCCCGCUAAUCAAAUCCGUUUACCGCGAACUGGUUGGCCAGCCGGGACCCGAUCCCGUCCAAGUGGAACAUCAUUGCAAAUAUAAUACAACACUAGUUUAAAAUUUAUUAUUAAUAUUAUUAUUUGGAUAUAAUAUUAUUUAUAUUACCCGAUAA